CCGACGCUCGGAAGAGACCCAUGUGUCUGAUCUGUCUGACCGUACUGUAAGUGCCGAUCAUCGGGCUGGUCCCUCCAACUAUCGUUACGCGAUUCAUUCUGUCCAAGUUCAUUCAGCUAUUGAGAGCGUGUGUCACCCCAUCAUGUCUAAAGACACGGAGGCUAAAAGCGAGGAGAUUAUGGAGUCUAAGGUGCUCUGGUAUCCUGACUCUAAACGAAACACACAAAUGGACCGAUUCCGGGCUCAGGUCAACCGGGACUUCGGGCUUAAUCUGGCGAAUUAUAAUGACCUGUAUCAGUGGUCGGUGGACAGUUAUCCUGAGUUCUGGGCGCAUGUGUGGAAGUUCUGUGGAAUCAGCUGCUCAAAAAUGCAUGAGGAGGUGGUUGAUGUGUCCAAAAGGAUAUCAGAUGUGCCUGAAUGGUUUAAAGGUAGCAGACUGAAUUAUGCAGAGAACCUGCUGAAACACAAAGACCAGGACAAAGUGGCUCUCUACGCCGCAACCGAGGCAAACGAUGAGAUUGUCAAGGUGACUUUUGGAGAGCUGAGACAUGAUGUCGCUCUCUUUGCUGCGGCCAUGAGGAAGAUGGGCAUCAAAACCGGAGACAGGGUUGUAGGAUAUCUGCCCAAUGGGAUUCAUGCUGUGGAGGCAAUGCUCGCUGCAGCCAGUAUAGGUGCCAUCUGGAGUUCAACCUCUCCCGAUUUUGGUGUGAACGGAGUGCUAGACAGGUUUUCACAGAUUCAGCCCAAGCUGAUAUUCUCCGUAGCAGCUGUUGUGUAUAACGGCAAGCAGCACGACCAUAUGGAGAAACUUCACAAUGUUGUUAAAGGUCUCCCCGACCUGAAGAAGGUUGUGGUCAUUCCAUAUGUUCGAUCUCGACAAGAGACGGACCUUUCCAAGAUCCAAAACAGUGUUUUCCUGGAAGACUUCUUGGCCACUGGUAAGGAAGGUGAUCAGGACCCCCAGCUGGAGUUUGAGCAGUUGCCCUUCUCUCAUCCUCUCUUCAUCAUGUACUCCUCUGGCACCACAGGAGCUCCCAAAUGCAUGGUGCACUCUGCUGGGGGCACUCUCAUUCAGCAUCUUAAAGAACACAUUCUCCAUGGCAACAUGACUAGCAAUGAUGUCAUCAUAUACUACACUACGACGGGCUGGAUGAUGUGGAACUGGCUGAUGUCCUCUUUGGCUGUCGGGGCAUCCGUGGUUCUAUAUGAUGGUUCUCCUCUCGUUCCCACUGCCAACGUGAUGUGGGACCUGGUAGACCGCCUUGGAAUCACUAUUUUCGGCACUGGAGCGAAAUGGCUGUCUGUGUUAGAAGAGAGAAAUCUGAAUCCAGCAAACACACACAACCUGCAGUCCCUUCACACCCUGCUGUCCACAGGAUCUCCUCUCAAACCUCAGAGCUAUGAGUAUGUGUACCGCUGUAUCAAAAACAAUGUGCUUCUGGGAUCCAUUUCAGGUGGCACAGACAUAAUUUCAUGCUUCAUGGGUCAGAAUACGACGGUACCCGUGUACAGAGGUGAAAUCCAGGCUCGAAACCUCGGCAUGGGCGUGGAGUCCUGGAGCCUUGAAGGCAAGCCUGUUUGGGGUGAAAGCGGAGAGCUGGUGUGUUUGAAGCCCAUCCCAUGCCAGCCCACUCAUUUCUGGAACGAUGAGAACGGCAGCAAAUACCACAAAGCCUAUUUUUCCACCUUUCCAGGAGUCUGGGCUCAUGGUGACUACUGUAAAAUAAAUCCAAAGACUGGAGGAGUUGUCAUGUUGGGACGAAGUGAUGGAACAUUGAAUCCAAAUGGCGUUCGCUUUGGGAGCUCGGAAAUAUAUAAUAUUGUGGAGGCCUUUGAGGAAGUAUCCGACAGCCUUUGUGUCCCUCAGUACAACAGUGAUGGAGAAGAGAGGGUGAUUCUGUUCUUGAAGAUGGGACCUAAUAAAACCUUCACUCAAGAGUUAGUGGGGAAGAUUCGGAGCGCUAUCAGAGUCGCUCUGUCCGCCCGACAUGUGCCAGCAUUGAUACUGGAGACCAAGGACAUCCCGUAUACGAUCAGCGGUAAGAAGGUGGAAGUUGCGAUAAAGCAGGUGAUAGCAGGUAAGGAGGUGACUCAGCGAGGAGCCUUCUCCAACCCCGACUCCUUAGACCUCUUCAAGAACUUACCUGAACUCCUGAACUUCUGAAAUGUACAAAAUAUCCAAACUCAAGACCCAGGGUGCAGCAUUUCUGAGGCACCUUUAUAAGGUUCAGAUUUCUAGGACACCCUUUGGAGCAUUGGACCACCUGACUGUCGAGCUUUCAAACAUCUGAGCUCUCUAGAUUUUAUCCACCUGUUGUGAUUUCUUAACUCAACCAAGGACUGGAACCGCUAGUGUCUGUACAUAUUAUUUUUCCAGAAGUUUGAGAACAGGAUUGAGAUCCCAGAGUACUUGCAUCUCCAAGAGACCAACAAACGGACUUUCCAAACGGACAUCUCAAACUCAUAAACAAAAUAUGUACCACUUUUUCUGAAUUGGUUUUAUUCCUUACCGCCUCAGGGCUAUAUUUUAGCUCCGCUGUUCUGACUCAUUGCACCUUAAACCUUUAAGACUUUGUCUGGCUAUUAAAACACUAAUUUUACUCAUCUUUAUGAAUCAAAUACACUGAUAUGUUACUGAAUAUUGUAAAAAAAAAAAAUCCCAACCCUGACCUCUCUAUAAACGAUGGCAGUGUUAUAGGAUUAAACUAUAUGAAGUAUAUCCUGUAACUACAGUAAGUGGUGAAGUCUGCUGUAUUUUUUGGAGUACGUUGUAAUAUUUAAAGCAAAAAUUACCGAACUUAGUUCACUGAACUUAGCAGUUUACAUAUAUUUUUACACCUAUAAAGAUACAGCAUGAGCUGCUUGUGUCAAGUGUUAAACAUUAGCCAUUUAACAAAGACAUAAGUUGUUUUCUAAUCUGAUAUUAAGCGGAUAGUUCACCCAAAAAUGAAAAUUCUGUUAUCAUUUACUCACCCUCAGAUUGUUCCAAACCUGCAUACAUUUCUUUGUCCUGCUAAACACAAAGGAAGAUAUUUGGAAGAAUGUCAGUAACUAAAAAGAUCUUCCCCCAUUGACUCCCAUAGUAUUUAUUUUACUUACUAUGGCAGUAAAUGGGGGAUGAGAUCUGUUUGCUUUUUAUGUUUGUUUUUAUUUGAGUUUAUGCAGGAUUGGAACAUAAUGAUGGAGUAAAUGAUGACAGAAUUUUCUUUUUUGGGUGGACUGUCCCUUUAAGAGGCUUAUGUCAAAAUUUGAAGUUCAUCCUCAAGUUAGAGUCUAUUUUUUGGGUCAUAUCAUACAGUGAUGUAUUUGCAAUCUUUCAAAUAUUUUUUCUGCUGUACAUCCCAUGAAAGAAUUCCUUUGUUAGUUUUUAUUGUCCUCCCUGUUACGCAAACAUUUAAAAAGCUGUGUUGGAUUUGUGGAGAAACUCGUAAAUGAAGAAUGUUGCAGGAAAUUAUAUCUAUACACCCUACUAAAAAGUUAUUUAUAAAGCGACAUCAUCUACAAUGAUCUAAAACCUAGAAUAAACAAUAUAAAACGCUCAUGCUCUAAUUUUGCAUUUAUACUCGUUUUGCAUCAUGUCCCCAAAAGAUGUAUCGACACGUAAAACUAAAUUUAGAACAGUGCUUUGAAGCAAAUUAAUAGUUUCAGUAAAGUUAUGCAGCAGUUACUCCAAAAGCCAGAGUAUGUGGCAUUUUAACUCAAUUUAGCAUUCAUUUUGUCUUUUGUGCGUGAUGCUAUUUCAGCAGUUGUUUACGACAGAUAAGCCCUUCUGACUAGUAUUUGUUGCACAUUUCAGUCCAUUACGACUGUCUUGAGUUAAGUCUUUUUUUUCAGAGGCGUUUGUGCAACAUAGUUCUGUUCGCAUCGCAAAAUGUGAUGUCUGGCUCUGUUGCAUGAUGAGAAUGGAUGUACCAACCUGUGACCUUAUUGAGGAUCCUUUUUUUCUCUUCCUACACAAAAGUUUACCAGCCUGAGUUACAUGUUUUGAGAAGUUUUUUUUAACAUGAGCUAAACAUAAUGAAAACCAUUGCGAGUCCCUUUAAACAGCUACUUUUUCAAUUUGAAAAUCAUUUUGUGUAGUGGCGCAGAUGGUUAGCAGUUGAAUCAAAUCAGUCCUUAUUUCCGGUUCAGACAAGCAGGGGAGGGUCUGUUUCACCUCGUGACCACCCAUGUGCCACCAUAUGCCCCAUCUCGUAUCAGUUUUGAAUAUAAAAAAGCCAACAAAUCCUCAUUUGUUCAUUUGAUAGUCACCCUGGAUUUCAUGUGUUUCCCUCUCCAUAACCUCUAUUGACAUGUCUGUUCAAUUUUGUGAUUAUGUUUUUUUUUAUACAUGCAAAUGCAAAUUCUGGAGGUAAUUUUUUAUCAAUACGUUUUUUUAGGGUUCUUGAUGUAUUACAUUAAAUUAAAUAUAUUUGGUGUAGUACUGGUUAUUGAAGGGUGCUGCUCUCUUCUUAACGGCUCCUGUUAUGUUCAUGCUUUGAAUUAAUAUUUCACAUAGGUGAAUGUGAAAAAUGAAUACUAAUAUAGUUGAGAAUAUAUUUGUAUAGAUAUAUUAUGCCUAUAUAUCAAUGGACUAUUUAAGUGGAGUCCACCAGGAACAUAUUUCAUGUAAAAAGUUGCUUAAUAUACUUAUAAUAAAAAAAUCUACGAACUCAA